AUGGUAAUGAUGACUUCUCAACAAGGCCCCCAAGCAUCACCUCGAGCACCACCACAUGUUGACAUCGCAAUGUGUCUCCCUCCAGAACUCAUCUACAUUCUCGGCCAGUUCCUCACCGGACCCUCCCUCCUCGCAUCCCUCCAACUCAACAAACACUGGCACCGCUCCCUCCUACCCAUUCUCUGGGCUUCCAUCUCCAAGUCCCAAUGGCAUCACCCCGCCUUCCCCAUCCAACAGCUCUCCAAGAGCUUCAAGGGCGAUGACCUCCCUGCUUCGCUCAGUCUUGUCCGGGAACUGGAAUGGCUUUGCAACCUCGCUCUCAAGGAACCCUUAUUCUCUUAUGGUACUUCCACGGUUGACGAGACCCCUUGGCCUUUUAUUUCGACAAGGUUACAGCUAUCGGGACAAGUCCUCACACGGAUUCUUGAGGCUACACCCAACUUGACGACACUAUCGCUGACUUUUAAGCACACUGGACCGCAUGUCAAGCUCUUUGAUGCCAUUCGACAAUUGAGGAACUUGAGGUGUCUGUCGAUGGAUAUCGCUAUGCCAAGUACAGGACCCCUGUUACUGGACAAUUUUUACCCGAUCUUCUCCCAACUGGAGGAAUUGUCUAUCGCCGGGAAUUGGUAUCACUAUACGGCAUCUCAGGUAUCUUCGACUCCCUCUUCGACUACUACUGUACCUGGCUCGACAACAACGUCCACAGCACCAGGACUGGAUCAACCCUGGAGGGUGAGGAAACUGAGAACCUCGGUCGAGACGCUGAGCAUGCUACACAAAUGCCCCCACCUGGUCUCUCUCGCAUUGGAACACGUCCCACUCUUUGCCGGAUCCAUUGCCAACCGUCCCUACUCGCUACGCCACAUCUUGAUGUGCCCCAACAUCCAGGAGCUCAGUAUCACGUGGUGGACUGGGUGUGAUGAGGUUAAAGAUCUGGUCGAGACUUUGUUGUCACUGACGCAUCUUCGGACACUGGAGUAUUGUGUAUCCCACCUGGAGCAUUUGCAGUUCUUGGUACCCCUACUCCCUCACCAGCGACUACCGCCGCCAGUUCUUUGUCAGAUGCAUGGCGAGGACGAGGAGUAUCGGCGCCUACCGUUGGCGGUGCCUACACUAGAACACAUUACCAUCAAGAACGCCCAUGUCGACAACAGCCAAGAAGAAGAAGAAUUUGAACGCCUGGUCCCGGAAAUUCUUAAAACCCGACCCCUCCUCAAAACAUUCACCCUGCCUUCUUGCUCAAUCAACCCCAGGACUUUCUUCCCGCAACCCGGCAAAGAAACAGACGACAAAUGGGCAUGCACAGGACUGGAAAAACUGGCCUUUCGACUACCAUGGACGAUCCAAGGCGAGAGCAAGGAGCAGAUCCGGCAGGAAGUUUGGAGACCCAUGUACCGCCAACUUGGAAAGAUGAAAAGCUUAACGUCGUUGACGAUCUGGGGGAAGCUCAUCGACAUGAGCCCGGAGGCUGGGAUCUCACAACUGGCAGGAGCAGUGGAGUUGGAGCGGUUGGCAAUCAAGGACGCUCAUUCAUGGGUAACAGACCGCGAGGGGAUGAUGAGUCUGGUUCGGGUGCUGGGACCAAAAAUGAAUCUGUUGCAUCUUACCCGUUUUCGACCGGGUGAUUUAGAGUUGUUGAGGGAGUGUCUUCAGGACGCUGGGCGGUCAGAUAUCGUACUCCGAGAAAAUAUGACCUAA